CCAAAUAGAUCUGGUAAUGCGACUCGAGCAAAAACGUAUUCCUCCGCGAGUACUUCUUCCCAAGGAAGUUCCAAGCGCAAAAAACGAAAAUCCGUUUCCAAACUCACGUUUGAACAAGAAGAAGAAAUUC